AUGUCUGGCGAUUCCACUGUCCACGACUCAGCCACCUCUGCUGCAAUUCCAGUCAUUGUCACGUUCAAUCCUGCAGCUCAGCUUCCUCUAAAGCUCACUCCCACUAAUUUUGCUUCCUGGCGAUCUCAGUUUGAAACUCUGCUUAUGGGGCUUGAUCUGUUUGGAUUCAUUGAUGGCUCCACCAUUGCUCCUUCUCGUACAAUCACCAUGGAGGCCGCUACGCAAGCCAAUCCUGCCUACCAGUAUUGGUUUCGACAAGAUAAGCUAAUUCUACAUGCCCUCAGAUGUUCGAUUUCAGAAUCUAUUUAUUCCUUUGUCUCUGCGGCGUCGACGUCCCGCGAGGCGUGGCUCAUCCUUGAAAAACUAUACGCGAGUAGUGCUCAAUCUCGUGUGAUUCACUUGAAAACUAAAUUGGCCAAGACGGUCAAAGGGGAUAAUGAUGUUCUGACGUUUGUGAAUGACCUGAAGAGUCUUGCCGCCGAGCUCGCCCUUGUGAAUGCGGCGGUUGCUGAAAUGGAUUUGGUGGUUCUUUGUCUUCGCGGCUUGGGCGACGAAUAUGCUGCCUUCUCUGCUGCUGUUCGUGCUCGAGGUCCGGGUCUCACCUUGGAGGAUCUCGUGGACUCCCUUGUCGAAUAUGAGUCCGAUCUGAAGGCGCAGGCGCGCCACUCUGUUCCCACGGCGUUUUACACUCACCCGCAGCAGCAGAGACAGGGCGGCGGCGGCGCGUCUCGUUCCCAGCAGCAUCGGGGAUUUGGGACUUCUCCUCGUUUCCCUAGCCCACAAUCCAGGCCGGCUUCUCCGCGUGCAGUGGGCUCCUUGCGGCUGAUCCUUCUAGGGCCCAAAGCCCAUUUCGACCCCCUGGGUUUAAUGGCCCAUCUGCUGCUGAAUCUACCCACCACCGCCGGCAGCCCAUUAUUUGUCAGUACUGUGACAGGUCGGGCCACACGGUCCACCAGUGCUUCAAACUUUUUCCACAGGCUCGGCAGGCUUACCAGGCCCGUCAGGCCCAAGCCCAUCACACUGUUGAUGGUCCCGCUCCUUCUACUGGCCCUUGGUUACUUGAUUCAGCGGCUUCUCAUCAUGUCACGCCCGAUUUAG